AUGGGUAUCUCAGAAUCUACUCCAGAUAAUACGCAAGAAGUAGACUAUAUGAGACCAGAAUACUUCUUUUCCGUGCAUAAUAUCGAGAAUAUACGCAAUGACUUCAAAAAAGUCGUUCAACUCGCUAAAUUAGGACAGACUCUUCCAGAUCCAGUUCUCCUAUCAACAGUUAUUGAAAAAAUACUGGCUGGACAACGCAGCAACAUCGAAGAUCUCUCGCAAAAAAAUGUCGAAAAAUUAUUUUUCGAACCUUUAAUUGCAGAUUCAGAUUCUCAUAUAGAAAGAGCAAAGACAUAUAAUAAAUACUUCGAUCAUAUGACAAAUUUAAUCUCGAAAGCUAUAGAUGAAGAAGAAACUCAAUUAAAUACUCGACUUACAGAACUAGCCAAAAAUUUCAUAUCUCUUAAUAAAACAAGAUCAACGUCAACGCGAAUCCUCGAGUCAAUUUUAUCUACAAGCUUCGAAGUAAUUUUUGAUAAUCUUGAUAUUUUAACUCCGCAAGAUAUUAUCAACUUUUUAGAUCAAGCAUUAGGAAUGCUUAAAGUCGAUAGCGAAAAAAGUCUCAAUGGAAUCUCUUCUCCCGUUAUUCAAUCUUUAUUACGUUUUGCGCUUAAAAUAGGAACAUAUCCGUGCUUUCAAACAAUAGAAAUUCAAUGUAGAAUUGUCACAUUUUUAUUUAAACUCGGAUUUGCGCAGUCAAACAUCAGUGGCUGCAUAUCAGCAUUAACUUACUUAUUAACGCUUCCUCCAAGUGGAGAAUUCGCUAUAGAUAUACCAGAUGUCCGAAUAGAACUCUUCGGAAUCUCCAAAAACGAAGAAUUUUCAUCAGGAGAAGGAUUCCAUUUUCAACCUAUCGAAGAAAGGAAAUUUACUCAAAAAACUUUCAAAUGCAUCAUCGAAAAUUUAUCAUACAACCUAAUGCGCGACUUAAAUACCCAUAUUGAAGGGUUAUUAAAUGGAUCAAUCACUCAUUCAGGCGAAUUCUUCUCUUUCGUCGCUGAUUCGAACGACGAAGUCAUCUCAUUGUCAUUGAGUCUCGUAGAACGCGCUUAUUCCACUGAAAACUACACAAAAAAUUUAAGAAACGAAUUAAUUACUUUAGGACUUAAAAUAAUUUCAUUGAACAUCUUCAAAUACUGCCUCAACUUCUCAAGACCAGAACGGAUGGUCGAGGAAAGCGAUAUCUCUUUAUUUAACAAAAUUAUUGAAAUUAUUGAAAAAUGCACUUUUUCAGAGUUUGCUCACGAAUCGAGUGGAAUAAUCGAGGCAUCGAUAAGCAUCAUUGCGUUUUCUUUCAGAUUUUUGUAUUUCCCGAAUUUCAACAGAUUUACAAAUUAUAUUCAGAAAAUUUUAGCUGAUGAAGUACUAUGCGAACAGUUUAUGAAGAAUGUAUUCGUUUUCUUAGAUAGAUCUCCUUUAGUUUACAUGUUUUGCCCUAAAUUUAUAGAAUUUCUUCCAAAAUACGCUACAAAAGUUGCCAUUUUGAACACAUACAUAUCCGCUCUUAAUCUACUCACGAGCGAGCUCCAGUACAUCGAAAAUGGCAACGCAAAACAGAACGGAGAGUUAAUUGCUCCAUUAGUAUCAGCAUCGAUGGAAUUAGCGGCCAAUUUAAUCAAAGAAAAUAAUCUUGAAGAUGGUAUUUACCUUUUAAAGCAUAUUAUAUUUAGAAUUGUAACAAUCGAUACAUUUCCUUUAAUUGCAGCGGGAUUCUUAUCGCAUGUACAUGAUGUCGUUGAUAUACUAGUACAGAGAUGCAAGAUGAACCCUAAUUCUGUAAAAGCUGAUUGCGAUUUCCAGAGAAUUGUACCUCAAGAGUUUUCUGUAAAGAAGAUAAGCCAGAUUAUCGAAACUCCCCACAAUUACCCAGACGAGGACUUCAGGGAAUGGCUCCUCGAUUUCAAAGGAGCUUCAAGUAUCAACUUUAGAUUCGAUUCUAAGUGCCACACUGAGGCAGGCAACGAUGUUUUGAAAAUUUACGACUCACUGAAGGACGGCAAUGUACUCCAUACCUUGAGCGGAAGCUCUAGUCAAUGGCCACAGUCAUUAGACGUUCCAUUCUCUCAAGUAAGAGUCACAUUUCAAUCCGACCAAUCAGUGAAUUUCUGGGGAGUCAAAUGCGAAGCUUCUGCGUUGAUUCCGAAGCUAGAACACCCUCCUCAAUUUGAUGCUUCACUUUUCUUCCUUAAUUUCAUAUUCUAUACUACAGGAAGACUGCUCCUGAUCAAGUUGCAAUCAUUAGAACUCGAAAGCCAGGAAACGGAGUACAGAAACGUGAUAGAAUCAAGAUUUAUCCAAAAAUCAAAAGUGACAAAAAUUUCUGAAGAAGAAAAAAUUUUAUUGGAUAAAAUCAUCAAUGAAGAAAACAAUCUGAAGUUCGUAGAUCACAUGAACAGUGUUGUCAAGUCACUGCACAGAGCCAAACAGUCUCCUGAGAAUUCUUUGGCUGAAAAAUACAUAAUUUCAAGUUUAUUGUAUCAAUUGAACUUAUUAGGCGAAUGCUCAGCAAUACAAAGCAAGCUCGAGAAAGACGAGAAGGUUGACAACAUUUCCAAUGAAUUAAAGCACGUUUGGAGGAUAUUUAACAAAAUAAAAUUAGAUAUGUUCCAAAGUGCCCAGAAAACAGCCAAAUUAGAAGGAGAACCUAAAACUAUGCGCGAGAACUACCCAGAAUUCCUCAAACAAAUAGUUAUGAAGUGUAAAAUUUUAUUAAAUUCCCAAUCCAUCAACAAAAACGACCAAAAUAACCAGAUCUUAGAGGAUUUGAGGAACUUCAUAACGAGCGACGUCGAAAUGGAGCGCAUUAACCACAUAAUUGACAGAAGAUCGAAGAGAUUAUUGAUAAGAAGAGAAACAAUUGACUUUUUAAAGGAUAUUAUCUGUGAUUCUGGGUUAUUUGGGACAUCCAAGAUCAGUGUUAUCCUUCCUUUGCAUCAGGCACUAUCUAUUGUUGCGAAUAUCAGUGAUGUCAAAGGAGUUUCGGAAGAUGAGAUAAAUGAUUUGUCAAAAUCUUUCACGACAUUGUUCCAAAAGAUAGUAGACAGGAUUGUAGAGACAUCUGGAUCAUAUCUCUCGUUAAUUUUGUUACAAAUUCUGGCUGUUCCCACUCAAAAUUUGAUUUCUCAUGCAAAUUUGGAAAAAAUGACGAUAGAAUUGGCAAAAUUUACUAGAUCUGUUCUAAAAAAGCAGAUAGAAGGAAUCAUCGCGUACAGGAACUCCUGGAGAUUGAUUGCCGUAUGGUCAAUAAAGAAUCCAACAGAAGAAAUAGUUAAAACACUCUUCCAAUUCGCAACAGAUCCGAAAAGUGAAAGUUGCCAACAUAAAGCACUUUACAUUUUGUCACUUUUGACACAAAUGAAAGCCAUUCCAUUGGCCGAUCCAUCGAAUGUCAUAAAGAUCAUGAAGGAUGCAACACCGAGAGUCAUUGUUGCGACAUUCGUUUGGCUUGAACAAAUCGUUGUAAACCUCGGAGAAGAAAUAAAUUCUUUCUCAGCAACUUUUGAAGGAAAAACGAUGAAUUUUGACGGUUUCAUUGAAUUUAUUUUUGAAUGCAUUGGCUCAACAAUGUGUGGCAUGAGUUGCCAAGUUAUUAAAGAGUCGUCAUCAUUCCAGAGCCAUCAUGUUGUUGUCCAAGAAAUGAUUGCUUUCAUAAGACUUUGUUCUAGAAAGAAUUCAACGAUAAGAGAGAAAAUCAUCAGACAACUUCACUCUAAAUUCGAAAGUUUCUCACAUGUCGUUGAUUUCUCGAACUUAGACUUAUAUUCCAUUAAAAUUUUGACUUCACUUUUCUCCAUUCUUGGCUUUGAAGUCACAAUGUAUUCUCCACAUGGAUAUGGUGUUUAUACAAGUGGAAAAGGCGCAGAACAACAGAUUGUUAAGAUAAAUACAUAUGAUUCCAUCACGAGUAAGAUGAGAGUUAUUCCUGUUAACGAGACAGACGAAUUAGUGAAUGAAACUGAUGCCGAUUAUGUUAUUCCUUCUGCGAGAAUUCCUGUUAAUCCAUUAGAUUUCGAUUUAACAAAUGAUGAAAUGAAAGUUAUAUCGAAUUUCCACAAUUACGCACAGGAAUACUUGAAGAAAAACAAAACACAGAAUUAUGUUACAGAAUUCUGCAUUGCAAACUUCUAUUGUUUCCUUCCUGUUAUAUUACAAUCACCUCGUAAUCUCACUUUGUUCAUGAACAUGUUUCCUGUUGAUUCUCUCUAUAAAAUGGCAUCGACGUCAACAAAUGCUUCUAAGAUAGAAUCCAUUGGAAGAUUGAUGCAUAAAAUCUGUAGAGCGAGUUCAAGAAGUUAUGCAUUGAAUAAGGCAGGCAUUGAAGAAGUUACAAGUAAUUUAUUACCUUAUAGUUUAGUUUUUGAUCAUCCAAGUUGUUUGUCUUUUGUUCCUUUGAGAUUUGGAUCAGUUAAUGACAAUCUUUUGAAAUCAAUUUUGAAAGAUGAAUGUAUAUUUGUUGGUGAAACUCCUAUGCCGAACACUGUUUUGUUCUAUUUCGAAAUAACAAUUAAAACUAUUUCGAAUCAGAAUUUCCAACUCGGUUUAAUGGAGUCUUCAUCAACAAUUUUAGAACAUUCUCUUUAUACAUUUGAUUUCAAAGCUUGUCUGCCAAGAGCCAAAUUCCUUGGCGAACACACACCAACGGAAUCAAUAAAGAUAAAGGCAGGAGAUGUUAUUGGAUGCGGAUACACGAGAGAUUCUGUUUUGUUCUUCCAUAAUGGAUCGCCAAUGAAAUCAGCGAUUCCUGUCACUUCUAUUUCUGAUUUCGUUCCUGUUUUGAUAACAAACAAAUGUCCAAUGUCACUGACAUAUAACUUCGGCGAACAACCAUUUGUUGCUGAUGUUAUUUCCUCUCCUUUGUUUGAUAUCAAAAGUGAUUGUUUGAGGAGAAUUGAUGUACCAAUUCCUACGCAAAUCAAUUACCAAUUACCACAAGGAAACAGUUUAGAAGAUUUCGAUAAAUUCGUUGAAAAUGGUGCUGCCAUUUGGGAUGUUCCUAUCCAAUAUUCCAAUGACAAACCAGGAAGUUUCCACACUUCAACGAAUAACCAUGAAAUAUCAAGUGAUUUGUACACAGAAUUCACUUUGAGAGAACCACAGCAACAUGCGGCCAAUUUCAUGCUUGGACAGCCAGUAAUGAUUGCAAGGAGAUCAUUGAAUCAACAGCAAUCUCUUUCCAAGUCAUUUAAGUUCACUCCUCCUGAAGUUGACAUGAGAAUGAACAAAUUCGGAACAAUCACUGAAAUUGUUCACGAUAAAAAUGAUAUUGACCAAUUAACUGUCCAAAUUUUGGAUCCUGGAUUAGGAGAAUCUUCUUCUGUUGUUGUUGAUUCGAGGUUUGUUGAUCCAAUUAAUUGCAAACUACUCUAUAUUUCUCAACAACAUUCACAUCAAAGACUCCUAAGUCCAAAAGGAAAUCCAAGACAAAGAUUUAUCAUUUUGAAAGAAAUGAGGUCAUUGCAAUUUAAAUUGAUGAGAAACUUGAGUCUUUACAUGUCAAGAUACACAGCAAUGAUCAUCUUCAAUCACGUGAGAAUCUCAGGAAACGUUAAAUCCCUUGAAAACGAUUUAGUUAUUAAUAUUUUCAAGUUGUUUGUUCUUGAAAUCGCCAAAUUCACUCCAAAUAUCAAUGUCCACAAAGAAUGGGAUUCAAAGGAGACAACAAACGUGAACAUUUGCGAAGAAGAAAGUGUAAGAAGCGUUGUUAGUCAUGAUGACCCUGUUUAUACAUGUCCUGGCGAUUUAAAGAAGUUCAACAGACUGAUAAGAGCUUUCUUGAUGUCGAAAGAAGUGAGAGAAAGUCAAUUUUUGGAGAUUUUGAUUCAAUCUCUUUUGGUUAACUUGAAUUCUUCAACAUUAUGUGUUGCAAGUGACAUAUUCGAAGUGAUCAAACCAUGUAAGAUCAUUGAAAGUUGGCAUCCAAUGCCGUUGACAUCGAUUCACACGAAAAUCCAUGUUCCAAAGAAUUCCGUUGGUUUCAUUCCUGUCGUACAUCCAUUGCAAUCCAUUGGAGAGAACAGCAUAAAGAUAGGAAACUGUUCUUAUUUGGAUUGCCACUCAGACACACAGUUAUUCACAAAUGACACAGAGAUAAACUACGACGGAAGAGAAAGCAAAGAUUUAUACGGCCUGAAAAUCGGUUUCUUUGUUGUUCCAAGGAGAAUUCCUGAUAGAUACAACGGAACUCCUUUAGGAGCAAUCCAUUGCUUGAUGUACGUUUUAAGUCAUGUUUUCUCUUAUUCAUCAAUUCCAGAGAAAUUCGUGAUGUUCAUCAAACAAAAAGUUUUCACACAAGUAACAAAUGCAAUUGGUGUCGGAAACUUUUUCGUUGAUGUAUUCAGUGGCGCUGUUUUAGCUCCGAUUUUGACAUCAUUAGAUUGGCAAAUCAGAGACUUAACACCACAAAUCAAAGCUGCUUUCGACGGCUUCAGUUCUCGCUACGAAUACACCAUCAAAGAAUGGGCUCCUUUGAGUUAUCACGCCCAGCAGUCAUUAGUCAUGAGAGUUUUCACGAAACUGUUAGUUUUAGACACAAUGGCUGCCGACAUCACAGAUGUCAAUGACAAAGAGAAGAUUGCCAAUCUUUAUGACGCGUAUAUUCAAGCAGCAACUCCUGCGAAAGACGCAACAGUUUUCGAGCAAAUGACACAUGCAUUUGCAAUUUUAUGCGCAUUAGGAUUUAGUCUUCAAAUUCCAAUUAAAUUCCCUGCGUAUAUUAUUGCACAAUGUUGGAGUGAAUCAUUUGAGUUGAACUCGAGUUUGAAGAUCUCCGAGAAAAUUCAUUAUUGCGAGUUCCAAUCCAUGAAAGAAGCAGAGAUAAGACUUGCGGAAGAAAGCCAUUUGCCACCUGAUUGCGUCAUUGCAAUUGAGCCAACAGUUGGAGAUGUAAUUUUUGUUUCUCCUGGAGAAAGUAUUCUUUCAACUCCUUCAUUCACAACCCGUGUUGUUUCUAAGUCAGGACACGAAGAAUACGAUGGACAUGAUGAAUUUUAUUUCAUUCUUUCUAUAACUUGCACACCUUUGACACAUGAAGCGAAAAGAAAAGUUUUCGUCGACCAUUACCAAAAAUUCUUGAGAGAUGCAAACAUGAUGUCAAAGAACUGGCACUCAAGAUACGACGAAACACUCAGGAAGAUCUUGAAAUCGGAUCCAAGUCUGUUCACAAAAGUUCCUUUGAAGAUUCCUGCCUUAGUUUUAGCAUCGAAUCCAAGCAUUGCAACGAUUUCUCAACAACUCUUAAGAUGCAGAGUUUUCUUGUUCUAUUCUUUGGACCAAUGCAUCGGAGACAUCGUCAAAGUCGUUGAGUUCGGCAGUGAAGGAUCAUUGCUAAACAACAUCUUCAACUCUUGCAGAGCAGCUGUUGCAACACAGUUCAAGAUGAAGACAUUGGAGAACGUUGUUUUGAACGGAAGAAACGACGACAUGCCUCUUCCUUUCUACAGAUUCAACAGGUUCAAAGCUGCAUUGCACAGAGCGAGACCAACGAAUCCGAAUGGAGAAUCGAUUCUCUCACAGUUCAUCCAUCAAACAACGAUCGAAAAAAUCCCAGCAUUGAAGAGAGCGAGUGUUCCUUGGAGAGUCGAUUUAGUUGGAGAAGGAGCAACGGAUUUAGGUGGUCCAGGAAGAGAUUUGUUCACGGAAGCAUGCAUGGAAAUCAUGGAUCCUUCAAUGCAGUUGUUCAUCCAGACACCAAACAAAAGAAGAAAAAUCGCUACAGCGCAGGAUUACUUGAUUCCAAAUCCUUCUCCUUUAACUCCUCAAUCUCGCGAUUUCUUCUUUUACGCUGGUGUUUUGAUGACAAUUUGCUACACGUCAAGAUUACCUGAACCAUUUAAAUUCGCAAGAUUCGUGUGGAACAGCCUCACGCAAAGACCUGUUACAUUGGAUGACAUUUAUGAGAUCGAUUCCAACUUCAAACAGUUCAUUCUUUCGAUUGAAAACAGUUCUUCCAUGUCUCCUCAGGACUUCCAUUCCACGUACAUGCUGAAUUUCACUGCAGAGAACUCUCUUGGAUCGAUUGUUGAACUCAUUCCUGGUGGAUCUUUGGUACCUGUAACAUUCGACAGGAGAUUGGAGUUCCUUGCAAAAAUAAAGAAAUUCAGAGUCAAAGAAUUCAAUGAAAGUUUGGAACAAUUGAGACGUGGUUUUAACUUUUUCUUCCCCGCUCCUGCUGCUUCGAUUUUAGCUCCUUGGGAACUAGAACUAAUCAUCUGCGGAGAUAACGAAUGCCCAAUAGAAGACAUGAAGAGGAACUGCAGCUUCCCUGCAAACGAUCCUUCAUCAACAAUGCUUUGGGACGCUUUGGAAGGUUUCACUCCUGAAGAAAGAAUGUUGUUUAUCAAGUUUGGAACGGGAAGAAUGGGAUUGCCACCGCCUGGCUCGAAGUGGAUGACGCCUCUGCAGAUACAAUUCAAGAUGUCUGAGGCCCAGGAUGCCCAGAAACCUUUACCAACUGCAAUGACUUGCAAUUCAACAAUGAUUAUCCCAAGAUAUUCAUCAGUUGAAAUGAUGGCCAAAAAGAUAAGAACAGCUAUAACAUUUGGUGCUGAUAUACAACAAGAUCAUGCUGCUAACUUUGAUGAUGUUGUACAAUUCACAUAA